UUUGAUACAUUGCAACGUUUACACGUGGAAUAUAUGUUGAUUUUGUUUCUAAGCCUUAUUUCAAAAUGAGUUUAGAAGCAAUCAGAUACAAACCCGGACAUUUAGAGAUUUUAAAUCAAUUGCUUUUGCCGCACCAAACGAUUUAUGAAACGGUGAAGAAUACUGAAGAUGGAUGGCAAGCCAUACGACAAAUGAAGGUUAGAGGGGCACCUGCCAUUGCUAUAGUUGGAUCUCUGAGCCUCGCUGUGGAGCUAGCAACAAAAUGUUUUGAUAGUAAAGAUAGCCUGAUUGACUGGGUUGUGGCUCGGUUAGACUACUUGGUUACCGCGCGACCGACAGCUGUUAACAUGGCAAUUGCAUCAGCAAAGCUCAAAAAAUUCGUGAAGUUGGAUAAAUAUGCAGGUACUACUACAGAGGAAAUGAAAUGUUGCUUGAUUGCAGAAAUCGAGAGCAUGCUUGCAAAGGAUAUUGCAGACAACAAGGCUAUUGGCUCUCACGGAGCCAAUCACAUGAUGGCUAAUAUUAAAGCUGAGAAGAUUGUUGCCAUGACUCACUGUAAUACUGGUUCUCUGGCAACAGCCGGCUAUGGAACGGCGUUGGGUGUGGUCAGAGCAUUGCACGAGACUGGCGCUUUGGAACAUGUCUAUUGUACUGAAACAAGACCAUACAAUCAGGGCUCUAGACUGACUGCAUAUGAACUUGUUCACGAUCACAUACCCUCCACUUUAAUAGCAGACUCAAUGGUGUCAAUUGCCUUGAAAGAGAAAAAGGUCUCAGCCAUUGUUGUUGGUGCAGAUAGAGUUGCUGCAAAUGGUGACACAGCCAAUAAAAUUGGGACCUAUCAAUUGGCAAUUUCAGGUAAAUUUGGCAAUAAAAUUUCAGCAAAGUACCACAAAGUUCCAUUCUACAUAGCCGCACCAAGCACCUCCGUCGACCUCGCUUGCAAGUCAGGCAGUGACAUCAUCAUAGAAGAGCGACCCCAGAAGGAACUCACCCACCUAAAAGGCCAACCUAUUGCUGCCGCUGGUAUCGACUGCUGGAACCCUGCGUUUGAUGUGACUCCUGCUGAUCUUAUAACAGGUGGCAUUGUGACAGAAUUUGGUGUGUUUAAACCUUCAGAAUUACAAGGAAAGAUUAAAAAGAACUUGUCAAAUGGUUGAUGGAAUCGUUAAAUGGUUGAACUCUUGCAAAAAUCUUCAACAAAAGAGAAAAACUGCUUUUAUUAGAUGAACAAUUGUAACUUGCAAAACGAAAA